UCUCGUUUGCUCCGAAUAUUCCAUCCAAAAGAAUGCUUUUUAAGUUCGAUGGGUGAUACGCGAUUCGCUAUUGAUCCGUACCUCUUGAAUCAAAGUUAUGCCGUACAUGAACUGUACCACAUUCCAGAAGGUCUUAAGAAAGGAAGUAUUUGUUCCUUUAACAGCUUGUUGAUAUUUUAAUCGAAUACUACUGCAAGAAGAUAAUUUUGAUAGAAACUGUUAAUCUGAUGCGAUUUUGUCAAAUACGGCAAGAGCAACCAUGUACCUGAUUGUGUGCCUGGUUUCAUUCUUGUUGAUAUUCAACUCAUCACCUUUGGCAGAAAGGAAUUCUACCGAUCCAUCAGAAUUUGAAGAGGAAUUUACCACUACGGAAAAUUCAACAAAAGAAGAUAUAUCCAGAAGAAACAUAACUUUGAAAUCAGAUCAAGAAAUUUUGUCCAUUAACUUGACUACUGAUGAGGCAGCUUCAUGGUCUUUUCAUCAAGAAAUCAAAGAUGAGUAUACCGAAACUUCAACUAAGGAAUUAAUGACCGAUAAUGGGUAUAACACAGAAACUCAGACAAAAGCUUCUUCAAGCGAAACAACUACAUCUAAUGUAACAUCUUUUCCAUCAAUUAAUGUAGCGGUUUCUACAGAGAAAGCAGGUAUAUAUGAAAAUUCUGACAAAAAUUUUGGCAAGGUAAUAUGGCGCACAAACAACACAUUUCAGAAGGUUCAUGAAACGCCAUUACUGUCAUUUGCCGAAAAUGUGACAUCAUUCGAAGAAACAGUUGAACACAAUGCCAUCAGAACUACCGACUUUGACAGUGUCACUGAAAGAGGUGCGAGCAUAAUCGUAGGACACAAAUGCAUGAAGCGAUUUCAAGAUUCAAUUCUCUGGAAUGAUACAGACGGUGGCAUGCUUGCCUUGAAGAAUUGUCCAACAGGAUAUCAAGGGAACAUGUACAGACCUUGUUUCAGCAGUGGCAUGUGGGGGAAUGUUGACUACAGCGAGUGUAGACUGGAACAUCUGGGACGAAUGAGACAUAUGAUUUUCCAUCAAGUUCAAAAGGGUAUGAUUGGGAAUAUGUACGUAUUAGCUGAUGAAUUUUCCAAGUACAUUUCUUCGGUAGAUAUGAAGAGCCCCAUGGACAGGUUGGAAGCUUUCGAAAUACUUAAUACGUUUCUCAAGCUCGAUAUGAACUUGAAAAUGGACAAAUCAAGGGAUACAAAGUAUAUCCAGACUCUUCUGCAUGCAGCAAAUGAGCUUAUAAAGAGAAAAACGGUACUUUUUUCAAGUGGAUCACAAAAGAACAAGCUUAUUACAGAGAAAGCAGUGGAAAUGAUAUUCGAUCUUACUUACUUUGCUGAACGAGCAUUAAGAGGAUUAUUAAAAACACAGAAGAAACAAAUUGUCUUUAGAGCGGCACCUAAUGUCGUGUUGUACCUGUACAGAGGAAAACACAUUCGCCAGCUCUCACUGAUGAACUUCUCUUCAGAAUAUGAGAGAGAUGAUGAAAUGUCUUCCUUCUUUAAUUUAGAGAAAGCUCUGGAAAGAAGUGCUUAUGCGCUCAUGUGGAUAAAAGGGUUGAAAUAUUUGCUUUCCAUUGAAAAUCUUGCUGUUAACAGCGACAUAGCUGUGGCAACAAUAUUGUCUCCUCUUAACUCAUUAAACCGACUUUUGCACCCUCCGACUUUUGACAUUGGACUCCAAAUGAAAAAGGAGGUGCCAAUGGGAUACGACUUAAAAUGUGGCCAACUGUGGAAUAUGUCUCACUUGUGGAAUACCAAAGAUUGUAUAAAGUCUAAUGUUAAAGGUGAUAUUGUAACAUGUCGCUGUCAUCACCUUGGAAGCAUUGCUUUGUUGCUGGAGGAAGGACCACAAAAUACGUCUCUGCAUCCUGAACCUGCUGUAGGUAAAAUGAUAACCGUCAGCUGCGUCAUGUCUCUGUCAGCAAUCACCGUAACCCUUGUUGUGAACUUCGUGUUAAAGAGAAGGCAACAGCCCCUAUCAAUAUUCAUUUUGAUAAGUCUUCUAAUCUGCAUGGCUACUAUUCAGAUAAUCCUUAUGUUUGGAGUCAACAGAACGGAAAAUUUUGAAAUGUGCCUUUCUUUCGCCGUACUUCUCCACUAUCUGUUUUUAGUUUCCUGCUUCUGGGUAGUAUCCUACAGUAUUUAUAUACUCCAGAGACUUCGUACUAGUAUGGAAUACAACGGCAAAAUUCGAGACUACUGUGCUUUUUGCUGGAUUUUGCCCUCAAUCUUACUUAUUGUGUCUUUUAUAGGAAAUCCCAAGGGCUACGAAACGAAACAAUAUUGUUGGCUGAAUGUACAGAAGGGAAUUUUGUGGUCAUUUGUAUUUCCAGUCACCGGACUGAUUUUGGUAAAUACGAUUGUCAUGAUCCUUGCACUGAAGACUUUCAAUGAACAAAUGUCCGUCACUCACAGAACAGAAAUUUGCAAGACAAGAAAUUCUAUGAGGGCAGGAAUCACACUGUUGCCAUUUUUUGCCAUUAACUGGUUUUUUGGUAUACUGGCCGUCGAAGACUCUUACAAUACCAGCCUCCAACUGAUCUUCUCUUUAACGAAUUCUAUGCAGGGAAUUCUGACUUUCAUAUUCUUUUGCUUCAUGGAUAACAACGUUCAAAUGUCAUUUAGACUGAAGAUGAUGGCAAUUACCAAAAAGCCAAAGGUUUCUGCAAUGAAGUUGAAAAAGAGCGGUUCUUUUCCCGUAAUUGAAAGAUCUUUAAUAUCUCUCACAGAUGAUAACAGACGACUCGACUGCACUCCACUGUUAUCGAACAGAUUGCCAUACAGUGACGCUUCUGAAGAUCCUUGCUGCUCCAAUAUACGGGUUCAAAACGUUGUUGUAGAGAAAGUGAACAAAGACUGUGACCUUGGAAGUAAAAUUACCAAUUUCAGUGAACUGACAACAGCUGUUUGUUCAGUUCCUGGAAGUGCUGCUUUAUCUUGUUACCAUGUCAUCUUAUCGAAGAUCAACAAAGAAUUGAAAGAAUUUGUCGAACAAGAAGACAACGAGAAUUCUGACAGCAUUGCUGAUUUUCGUAAAUGCAUGGGACCUCUUACUUACAGAUGCAAAGAGUCAUUCUGUGAGGCUGAUGAAUGAAGUCAGCACCAAGUCUUCUUCUGGUAUUAAGGUUUUUCCGUGAAUUGGAAUUACAAGAAAUGUACCAAUAAACACUUUUUCAGAUAAA